AUGACAACAGCUCUCGUUAAGCUCAAGGAUAAACGAGGUAAUUUGGUCGUGGCACGAGCACUUUUGGAUUCUUGUUCUACCGUAAAUUUGAUAACUGAAACCUUUGCAAAUUCUCUGGCCUUACCUAAUUCACCUUGCUCAGUAAACAUUGAAGCAGUCGAUGGCUUAUCCACGGCUGUUAACAAAUUCAUUCAAACCAGUGUUCAUUCAAAUUACAAUAAUUCAAAUUUUCCAGUUCGUUUUUUGAUUGUACCUAGAAUUGCUGAUGCUGUGCCUAACGACACCUUUCCUCGCAAACUCUUUGACAUUCCAAAAAAUCUAAAACUCGCUGAUCCUCAAUUUCAUUUACCAAAGUCCAUCGACAUCCUUUUAUCAUCCAGUACUACCUUGUCGGUAUUAGCUGUAGGUCAAAUUAAACUCCGACACAAGGAAUCAGAAAUCAUCUUGCAAAAAACUAGCCUGGGUUGGGUUGUAGCAGGAGGGGUCAGGGACCAACCAUCUCCAAACUUAGCUCGGUGCAACUUAAUUAAAUUAGACAAACUCGUUGAGCGUUUCUGGCUUAUUGAAGACUUCGAUCAUGAACCGAUUAAGUCACGAGACGAUGUUGCUUGCGAGCAACAUUUCCUCAAUCACACUCAGCGCGAUCCUUCCGGGCGUUAUAUUGUGCGUCUUCCCUUUAGAGAUUCCAAAUUCAAACUCGGCGAAUCCAAAUCGCAAGCGCUCAAGUGUUUUCAUUUUCUAGAAAGAAGGUUUGAAAGGGACCCGUCGUUAAAGGUAGAGUACUCAAAGGUGAUGAACGAGUAUCUCACUUUAGGUCAUAUGAGUCUAAGCGAAGACUCCGAGGACAGCUAUUACUUGCCUCAUCAUGCGGUGAUCAAACAAUCCAGCGAAACCACCAAGGUUCGAGUUGUUUUUGACGCUUCAUCGAAAACUUCAACGGGAAUCUCUCUCAACGAUGUCCUGAUGGUAGGCCCCACCUUGCAAAACACCAUCUUUGAGCAAGUGCUUAGGUUCCGGACUCAUACGUACGUUAUCACGGCGGACAUAGAAAAAAUGUACCGUCAAAUUCUCAUACAUCCAGACGAUAGGAAAUUCCAAAGGCUCUUAUGGCGUGUUGGAGGAAAACUGUCGACUUGUCAACUCAAUACCGUAACUUUUGGUACUGCUUCAGCUCCAUUCUUAGCAAUCCGGACCAUUCAACAGCUCGCUCGCGAUGAAGCCAAGGACUUCCCACGAGCUAGCAAAAUAUUACUCCGUGAUUUUUAUGUUGAUGAUCUCGUGUCAGACGGAGAAACUCUUGAGGAGAUCUUGGCGAUUCGCGACGAGAUGAUAGCGUUGUUACGUAGAGGAGGUUUUGCCAUUCGAAAAUGGGCCUCUAAUCACUCGUCUGCUUUAGAUAGUAUCGACAAAACCAUCUUUGAUUUAGAUUGCGUGAUCAAGGAAGAUCCCAUCCAAAAAAUGUUAGGCUUCGUAUGGGAUUCCAAACAAGAUCUUCUUCAGUAUUCUACCAACGUCGUUGACGCUCAAGCCACCUCCACAAAGCGCUUACUUUUAUCUGAAACAUCUAAGAUUUAUGACCCUCUUGGCCUUUUAGGACCAGUCGUAUUGUAUGCCAAAGUCUUGAUCCAAGAUUGCUGGAAGGCAAAGAUUACCUGGGACGAGUCGCUUCCACAAGACAUCUCGUUCAAAUGGAAAUCGCUGACCAGCGAACUUGCACUAUUAAGACAAGUGUCGUUCCCUCGGCAAUUCCUAGUUUCUAAUCCAAUUCAAGUUCAAGUUCUUGGAUUUUGUGAUGCCUGCUCUUACGGAUAUGGAGCCUGCAUGUUCCUUAGAUCCUCAGAUUCCACCAAUACGGUAGUGAUUAGGUUGAUUUGCAGCAAGUCGCGAGUUGCACCUCUGAAAGGGGUAACCAUUCCUAGGUUAGAGUUGUGUUCCGCUUCCCUUCUUAAGAAACUUUAUGUAGAGGCCAAACCCCAAUUCAACUUCCCGAUCAAUCAAACUAUUUUUUGGUCCGAUUCCACCAUUGUUCUGGCCUGGUUAAGAAAGGCCCCGCAUCUGCUAAGAGUUUUCGAGUCAAACAGAGUUGCCGACAUUCAAACGUUAGGAGACCAGGUCGAAUGGCGGCACGUGCGUUCGGAGGACAACCCGGCGGACGCUCUGUCCAGAGGUCAGUUGCCAUCCGAGUUUAUUAAUAAUUCACUCUGGACUUCGGGUCCCCCGUGGCUUGCUCUUCCACCGCGCGAUUGGCCGACAUCUGCUCAUCUCUCUCCCAAAGACUUACCAGGACUCAAACAAGGAACCUGUUUAGUAACCAAUCCAGUUCUAGUUUCUUCAUUCAGUGAAAUCUAUUCACGUUUUUCUUCCUAUGAUCGUUUCACCAGGAUAAUAGCAUAUGUCUCGCGAUGGAAACUCACGUGUAGAAACCCAAACAAACGCAUUUGGUUGUUUCCCGAAAUUACGGAUCCCUCGAACCGAAUUAGAAAGAUCAUAGCGUUGAUACGUCCAUUACUAGUUCUUGAGGUUGCAGCUUCUGAGAUUAAAAUUCUCAGGCUUCUUCAACAAGAAAGAUUUUCGCUAGAACUUCGUCAGUUAUCAAAUUCAUCUGGAUCAUGUCGCAAGGGAACUAGCUUCGACAAGCUAACUCCGUUCAUAGAUGAUCAGGGUCUCAUUCGCGUGGGGGGGCGUUUGAAGGAGGCUGAUCUUCCAUAUGAUCAAAAACAUCCAAUUUUAUUGCCCCGGGACCACCACAUAACUAAUCUAUUAAUUCGUAAAGUUCAUCGUUCCAAUUUGCACGCCGGAAUUCAAACUACACUUUAUGCGAUUAGGUCCAAAUUUUUCAUCAUCAACGGAAAGAGACAAAUCCGAAAAAUCAUUCAUAGUUGCGUAGACUGUAUUCGUCAAAAACCACCAGCAGCUCAUGCUCAGAUGGGAAAUUUACCUAAGGCCAGAGUAGAGGGAUCUCCUGCCUUUGAUCACACCGGUGUUGAUUUCUUUGGGCCCAUGCUCAUUAAAGAAAAGAAAAAUCGAAAUAAGUCCUUCCUAAAGGUCUACGGUAGUGUUUUUAUCUGUUUAGCUUCAAAGGCCGUCCACAUCGAACUCGUAUCAGAUUUGUCUACUGAAGGUUUUUUGAUUGCUUUCCGUCGGUUCGUCUCACGCCGAGGCAUACCAAGUAAUGUAUAUUCCGAUAACGGCACCAAUUUCACGGGUGCAGACAGACAGCUUCAGGAACUUUACGACCUUUUCGAGAAACCUGAAUUUCGCGAAAGGGUGGGCGAACAUGCCAUCACGAAAAGAAUACAAUGGCAUUUCAACCCUCCCUUGUCGCCCCACUUUGGAGGUCUUUGGGAGGCAGCUGUAAAGAGUUUUAAACAUCAUCUUAAGCGGAUACUAGACAAACAACUUACGUUUGAACAACUAGAAACACUCUUAAUCGAAAUUGAAGCGAUAUUGAAUUCGCGACCUUUGUGUGCUCUUUCAGCAGACCCCAAUGACCCACUAGCUAUUACACCUGCGCAUCUGUUAAUCGGACGCCCAUUCAAUGUCUUAUCCGAGGAAUCUUUGAUUUCAGUUCCAAGUAAUCGUCUGUCGACCACCAACUUCAUGAUCCAAGCCCGACAAAACUUCUGGAUGAAGUGGCAUAGAGAAUAUCUCCAUAAGAUCCAAUUACAACAAAAAUGGCAUACGUCAAACUCAGAAAUUAAACCUGGACUGGUUGUUCUCAUGAUGGAUGACCUAACACAUUGUGCAAGGUGGCCACUGGGCGUAAUCCUCGAGGUCUUUCCUGGGAGUGACGGCAUCGCUCGAGUAGCUUCUGUAAAAACUACAGCUGGAGUCUACAAGCGCAAUAUUACUCGAUUAUGUAUCUUACCGACCGAACGAUAG